AUGUCAAAAAUCGCUAAUCGAAUUAUCCCUUUACCUCCAAAUGUAAAAAUUAAUCUGGAUAAAGAAAAGAUUUUCGUGGAGGGACCGUUGGGAAAAAAAUUAGCCAAUAAAGAUGAAGUGGUAGAGCCAGGAAGCACAGUUGAAUUCACUGUUGAAUUGACUAAGCCAUUAACUAUUGAAGAAAAAGAAAACUUUAUUAUUCGAGAAGGUGGCUCCACGGUAGGUCAAGGAACUGUUCUAAAAACUGUUGA